GUGAGAGACAAAGAGAGAAAAGAGAGAGAGAGAGAGAGAAAAUGGAAUUUCUCUAUUUCACAUGUCCUCACUUUCUUCAUUACAGAUUAAUAAACCUAUUGAUUUCUCUGGACGAACUCCUUUAAUCUUUGCCUCUCAAGUGGGCGCCGAUAGAAGAAUCAUCGACAUUUUGAUAAAAGCUGGUGCGAAGUUAGGAGCGAAAGACGUCGGGGGUCGUACAGCUUUGCAUUUGGCUGUGUGGAGGCGUCGACUGCAAGCUGUGGAGCUAUUACUCUCUCGGGGCAGCAAUGUCAACGAGAAGACCAUCCGCGGCAAUACUCCUCUCCAUUUGGCUGCAAGGUCAUCUCCGGAAUGGACAGAUGGUGUGAAAGCUAUAAUGAAAGAGGAAGCUGUUGAGGUUAAUCCUCGAGAUAAAGAUGGUCGCACACCGCUGCACUUCGCCUGUUCGCAGGGACACUUGCCCACUGUCGAAAUUUUGUUGGAUCAGGAUGACAUCGAUGCCAAUGUCAUGAACAACGAUGGAGACACACCACUGCAUAUGGCAGUUAAGAAGCGAAAAUAUGAAGUGGUCUGUGCGAUGCUGAAGCAGGGUUCUUUCAGUUGGAUAUCAAACAAUCAGAAAGGACACCAUUGCUUGAAGCCGUUUCCCGGGUCACCUCGGAAUGACACACAAGUUAAUAGCUCUGGGUGCAAAUGUAAAUGCUGUUGA